GUCACGGGUCGGGCGAGGCGCAGCAUGGCCGACGGCGCGGAGUACACGGUCGAGUACCUCGACGAGAACCCGGAGGAGCUCAAGUGGCUCAGCCGCCCCGGCAAGGUCAAGAUCACGUACGCGAACGGCGACACGUUUGAGGGCGACGUGAACGCAGCGCGUCUCAAGCACGGACCCGGCAAGUACAUUUGGACCGAGCGCGUCGACGACGAGGUCAAGGAGAUUGCUUGGUACGAAGGCGACUACGUCGAUGGCAAGAAACACGGGCUCGGGAAGAUGCAAUUCCCGAACGGCGACGUCUACCACGGGCAGUGGGCCAACGACAUCAUUGACGGCCAAGGCACGCUCAUGUACAAGAACGGCGACAUCUUUAGCGGAACGUACAUUGCGGGGAUCAAAGAGGGCAACGGGACGUACGAGUACGCCGCCGACAAGAGCCAACUCGUGGGCACGUGGGUUCAAAACACCAUCAUCGAGGGCAAGUGGCUCUUCAAGGACGGCGGCUACUACACUGGUCACUUUGAGAACGCGAUGCCGAUCGGCCAGUGCAUCAUGCAGCUGCCGAAUGGUCUCAAGCAAGAAGGUGUGUACGCCAAGGUGGAGGGCGUCAACGCGGCCGGCGAUGCGGUGCUCCUCCCGACCUGGAAGGGCGAGGCGAUCACCAAGGUCUUUUAAACCCGAGACUUGCAUGUAUAUAAUGAUAUAUGACGACGACGACGACAGCGUCUUACUGAAUGUACGCCUUGAG